CUGAGUUGAACUGAAGACUAUGUUAUCUGAUUUAAAUGAGUAAGCUUUUGUGGAUAAAUAGUUUGCGAAAUAUUCAAUUAUAUUUUAAGUAGCUGAAAGAAAUUAAGGUUGACCGCGUUAGCCAACACUGGUGAAACAGACAUUCUCUCCGUGUCAAUUUAGUCUUGGAUGCAACCUAUUAUGUUGUUGCUAGGAACGAAACACUGCAAUGUCGUUUAAAACUAACAAUGGGUAAAACUGGUGAGACAGACAUUGUUGACUGUCAAAUUAUACUGGGAUGGUACCUACCAAUUUUUCUCUAGGAACGAACAACAGUUGAAUCGAUCAAAACUGACAAUGGAAAACAUCCAACUCACAAGGCUACAGGAAAGGCUUGCACAACAAUACACUGAGGACCUCAAGACAGAAUACAACUAUAUUUUCAAAACGGAAUGGAAGAAAAUUAAUUCACUUGCAUUUCCGUCAAAAAUUCACCGUUUAAAACCUGAGCCGACUGAUGAAUCCGGAUUGAAGAUCAAAUCUUUUAGCGCAUUUUUCUCCGUUUUGAAUGGUGAAGAGAUUCGGGAAAAGAGCAUUUUCAUUAAAGGUGACCCCGGAAUGGGAAAAUCCUUCUUCUGUAAAGUUUUCUCUUUACUUUGGGCCAACGGUUCAAACAAAUCAAACAGCGCAUCUAUCCAACAAGGAUUCAUAAAAGAGGGACGCCAUUUGAAACACCUGUUUGACCUUGUGUUUUAUAUCAAUGAACACAAUGUUGGCAAUUACACAUUGAAAUGGUUACUUGAACAACUAAAGGAUAAAUACAAGACUGUACUUUCAGAUCUUAAUCGAGUGUUGAGAACUUCAACAUGUCUUGUUAUAUUUGAUGGAAUUGAAAAAUGUAAACCGGAGGAAAUCGCAUCUUUGAAUGCUUCAAUACAUGAUAUCGCUGAAGAUAUAACGGUUAUUGUGGCAUGUCGACCAUACUCCAUGGCACAGAUACUUCAACUCAUUCAUCCCGGCGCUCUGUAUGAAAUUAAAGGUAUACACAGCAUUGAACGUACAAUUAGAGCGAUAGCGAAUACUGUUGCUCCUACUCGAACGAUAUACACAAAAGAUUUGUCUGUAAAAUGUUUAUUAGAAAGUAAAACAUUCCGCAGAAUGACGUCGGAUUCGAUUAUUGCAAUGCAGGUGCUUCGUGUAUUGACACGCGGCAUGGACAUUGGUGAGAAUGUUUGCAGUAUGUAUUGCAUUAUUCUCAAUACCUUAUUUUCUGAUUUAAUAAUCUUUUACGCAAAGGCAGAUGACUGUUUAGAUCGUGAAUGCAUUAAUAAGUCGCUAGAGCCUUUAGCCAGGCUUGCCUUCGAGACACUUUGUUUAAAAAACAAUAACUAUGGCCCAUUUACCAAAACUGUUUUGGAAGGAGUUUCUGUCCAGAGACUAUUUGAAGCAUUCGACUGCAUGCGGUAUAUUGGUGCAAAAUGAAAAGGGGUCGUACGCUUUUCUGCAUAAAACGUUGCAAGAAUUUCUAGCGAUACAAUACAUAAAAGCAUCACCAACCUAUCAUCAAAAGCUGUUAUCCUGCAUUAAUGAUCGCAUGGAAGAUACAGGGGGGCUGCUCGAUAUGUUUAUAUUUUUAUGUGGCUCACUGCCACAAAUAGCAGAGAAAGUGUCGGUUAAGUUAAUGGAUACAAUUUCAGAAAAAAGCGUCAUGAGAAUUAACACUCGCAGGAAACCGAUUUUUGAGCAAAUGAAAUACGCACAAGAUAUGAUAUAUUAUGGAUUCGAAGAGGCAUUGUCAUGUGGGCAUCCCAAUAUUGAUUUAAGACUGACACAUGUUGUUUGUGAUUUGAAACUCCCGUACACAAGUGGACCAAUGUUUCAGCGGUUUCAGAAGUUACUUGAAACAAACAUUAAAGAUGUGGAAUCCCUAUACACACAUGUCAAAGGAAAGUCUUCUUUAGAGACUUUGACAGAAACCAUUUUGGAAAAAUCUUCAAAAUCUUUGUGUAACCUGACGAUUAAGAAGAAUAACAACACCUUCAAUUUUGAGUUAUGUAAGCAGUUAAAAUAUCUUAACGUAUACAACAAACGGCGUAUGACAGGCGAGGACAUGCACACACUUCUAGAAAAAAUUGAAGCUCUAACAGAGUUAAAGUAUCUCCGAAUAAAUUCCUUAGAGUUAACCGAAAGGUUGCCUGUUCCCAAGUGUCUUCGAAAAUUGGAUCUUCAUUUAGUAAAGAUACAGGACUCCACAUUUGCAAGUCUGAAACGAGACGUUGAAACAAUCCAUCUCGAAGCCGUCUGCUGUCUGACUGAAUGCGUGUUUACAAAUUCCGAGAAAGCUGACGUAUCCGAACAGAUUGUGUCCAAAAGAAUUCAAUUUCAGAAUAAGUAUUUAUGUACUCGUCUACGAACAGCUUCUAGUCAGUGGCCUGUAUUUGGGUUCAGUUGUAGUCACAUUAUAGAACCAUACACACAAAUAGCAAAACACAGCAAAUUAUUCGGAUUGAAGUUAAAGAACAAAACGCACGAAAAACUUCUUAGGGACGUAACAAUUGAAAACGGACAAUGUGUGGUAGAUAUUAUGAUUUACUGUCACGGUUUGCUUGUUAAACGAAAGGUUUUUGAGCAUGUAGAAGAUUACAUUGAAGCGUCCAAAGUUAACCCGAUAGUUGCACAGUGUGACAAUGUGUCACCAAGUGUGUUCAUUGUUGAUGUUUGCGAUCGGAAAAAUUUCCUUAAAUUUGUCGACAAAAAUCUCAAUCAUACGACUAUUUGUAUCGCCUUCGUUGAUGAAAGUUUGCAAACGGAGAGCACUGCAGUGGAGAAUGUCUUGGACAAUGUCAUUGAGAGCACCUGUUCUUUGGUUAACAUCGGUGAUCAUAUCGACGACAUGCUAGAACGCUUUGCAUUCAGAAUGUUUAGACCGAUGAUAGAACCACUUAUAAAAGCGACGACAAGAUACACAACUAACUUGGACAGGGCACACGAUAUGAAAAUGGAAAUGAACCAGAUCGUUCGCCAAUCAGAAGAUAUUUACAAUCGUUCAAGCGUACCUUCGUUUGAAAGACCUCAUUUCCCUAAUCGCGAACGAAGGCAUUUUUCUGAUUCGGAACUGAGGGAGGUUCUUAGCAUUGACAAAGUCGUCAGUUGUGGAGAACAGAACGGGGUUUUGAUCAUUUAUGUAGAAGAUGGAUUAGAUAUCCCCAAAAGGAAACAGUUAGAAGAGACAGUAUUUAAUACGGUAAAAAAUUUAGGAAUUGAAGAUUAUCUUAUCAAGUAUGUAGGGAAAGAUACUCAGCACUUGCACGUAUCAGUGGGAGAUCAAGUCCAUAACACAGAUAAAAUGUCCGGAACAUUAGGAUGUUUUGCAAAACGAUAUAACAAGGAACCUAACCUUCGCGUUAGCGAUGACAAAGCACUUGAAACGAAACCAAUAACCAAGCUGGUGGGAGGGUUUGGUGAUUCAAAAUUCAGCACGAACAAUCGAUCAGAAGCUAUUUGUGGCAUUGUUUCUCGCCAUGUCGUUGCCAACCAGAACAUUUUAUUGGAUAACCAAGAUAAAAACUUGGGCGAAAUAUUGCACCAUGGCAACUGUAACUUUGACAUAUCUGCAAUUGUCUUAAACGAUGACAUUGUUAAAAACUGCAUAUUCGCGUUUAAGUCUAAGCGUAAUAAACCUGUAAAGUGUAGCUUAUAUACGUACAGUUUAUUCAAGGAAGAGAUGAUCGAUAUGGAUUUAUCAGGUCAUGAUGUUCACAUAUGGGGAGCAUGCAGUCGACCGGGAAUCGGCACUAUAUCUGCAACAAAGUACAUGCAAAAGACAGAAGAAGUUAGUGGCAUGUUAAUUACCAUAAAAGACAAAGACGUUACCAGUAAGAAUUUCUCAGAAGAGGGCGACAGCGGAGCGAUCGUUUGCUUAACGGAUAAACGUGAGCGUCAUAUGAAAGCUCUUGCAAUUCUUAUAGGAAAGGUCAUCGGAGAGAAACAGAAAACAGAAGUGAAUGAAAACUUCUAUAUAGCUUUGCGUUUAGAAUCCGGCUUUCAUUUUCUUAAUAAAGAACACGAGGCAGAAUUCGUUCUUCACGAUGGGACAAGUGAAUGAUAGUCUUUAAAACAUUCUCAUGGCGACGUCAGCCUGUUGCUUGUGUUGACUCAUAGUGACCUUAGACUGAUUAUCACAUUAAUAUAAACAUUCUACACGACAAGACUUACUUAUAUAUCUCCUGUUCGAAUCGCUGGUUUUUUCAAUGCAUGGCUUGAAUUUCACAUUUUUAAUGAAUUUAUGUAUGAACUAUCAGCAAAUACCACGUUGUUGAAGGUCAUAGCCAUAGCUAGCAUGCGUCAUUCAGGCAUGCAUUCAUCUUUAAUAACACAAACUAUAAGCAAUUUACCCUUACCUGUGUCUAGUCACGGAAAGAGAUUUAGAAGAUUUCCAAUCUUGGCAUUUAAGGCCAGGGCUAAGCGCCAUCCCGCUAUUACAGACGGGCUAGUCCUAUGUCCAUUAUGCCAGGAUCAUUAAUAGUAACUAAAUAUUGUUAGUAAUGUACUCCUUGAUAAAGUUCACUUUUCCACGCUUUGUUGUUGCAAAAUACUUAAAUAUAGUGUUGUGCCGAUGAUCGAUUAUAAUCGACAAUUGAUCGGAAAGGCCUGCGUCGGCGACAAUCGAUAGUGGAAUUUGAACAAUCGAUUAAAGAAACAACGGUCGUAACCGCUACCGACUUAUUUUUUUUCUAGUUAAUGCUAGUUAAUGUUAAAAUGUUAAAGUGUUACUAUGUUAAGUUAUCUAGUCAUAUUCUUAUCAGGUCAGUAAGUCACUACAGUACCUUAUUACAGUUUUUCUUUGUGUUUAACUGCUAAAGAAUUGGUUCUUAACUUUUCAUGAUUGUUGUUAAAAGUGAUUUUUAAAACAUGUUACCGUUUACUUCUUACCAUAUAAGAUUUUAAUUUUCUCAGUUUUCUUAAAGAAAAUUUUCUUGUAAAAUAUAUAAAAUAUUCAUCUGCUAGUUGUAUAUUUUAAUGAAUGCAUAUUAAAAAGAAAUU